GUUCGUUAUCUCUUUAUCCCUCAUAUGUUUCAUUAUUAUGAAAACCACCACUCAGUAUUAAACUUUAUGUUGAAAUGUAUGAUAAACUAUAUGCUGACGGAGGUCAUUAUAUGAAAUACAGAUGUAUUUACGACGAAGUCAUUGUAUGAAACAGAUGACUUCAAUAUUGGAUAUCUUUUUGUUUUUACUGAAUGAGAUUUUUAUUCACUGCAUUUCUAAAGUCUUGUAUUUAUUUUUUUCAUUCUAUGAAACUUUUAUCCAUAAAGUCCAUAUCACAUUAGCCAAUUAUCGUUCGAUGACCACGGUAGUUAUUCUGUAAUUAUGCUUACUUUUGAACUGUAUGUUUGAGUGAAAGGGGGGCUGAAUGUUUUAAUAUAUCUAUUUUAAACAGUCAUAUAUUAAACAAAAAACUAUUAGGAUGAUAUUGAAACUAGAUUUUAUUGAAUUUGAUUUUUGAAAAUAAAAGCAAAGAUCAAGAUAGGAAAAAACCAGAAUACAUUGUGUGCAGAGCUGCAGCGAGAAAAAGAGAGAUGAGUAAUCGGGAAAAAACUGAACACCAAUUAUGCAAUAUAUUUGAGAGGCUAUUCAUCUGAACGGUCACAGGACAACAAAAUAUCAUAUUGAAAAUUCAUUUAUUCAAACAGGAUUCGAGUAUCUUGCACUUGAUUUCAUUUGCUUUCGUUAUGUAAAAGCUGAUCUGGUUUUGAUAUAUAUUUUUUGAAGGUAGCAUAUUGAGAAAGAAAAGAAAAGAUUCCUUUAAAAUGAGUUUGUGUGUGACAGUCCUUUCAUUUGGGGCAUUUCUUUUCCUGCCGGCUGCUGAUUCAUUUUAUUAUGGACAAGAUGCUGUUUGUAGAACUACAACAUACAAUCCUGGUUUUGGUAUUUGUUGUGAUGGAGUUGUAAAUAGCAUAAGCAGUGGAACAAGUUGCUGUGGAACUUCAGCAUUCUACCGCGGUUUCGCUAUUUGCUGCAACGGAGUUGUAAAUAGCAUAAGCAGUAGCACAAGUUGCUGUGGAACUACAGCAUUCAAUCGCGGUUUCGCCAGUUGCUGCAACGGAGUUGUAAAUAACAUAAGCAGUGGCACAAGUUGCUGUGGAAUUUCAGCAUACAACCCUGGUUUUCACAGUCUUCAUUCUUCAGGACAAAGGAUUCCUCACAAUGAUUUUGUAUUUGAUAUUCCUUUCACUUCUCUCCCUUCAUAUUGCAAAGUCAUCACAUGGACGAGCUGUCUGUGGAACUCUGACAUACAACCCAACGUUCAGUAUUUGUUGCAACGGAGUGUUAAAUAGCAAAGGUUCGCGCAGAAGUUGCUGUGAAACUAAGAAUUACAAUCCAGCUUAUAGUGUUUGCUGCAACGGAGUUAUAAAUGACAAAGGUUCAAGCAGAAGUUGCUGUGGAACUAAGAAUUACAAUCCAGCUUAUAGUGUUUGCUGCAACGGAGUUAUAAAUGACAAAGGUUCAAGCAGAAGUUGCUGUGGAAUUAAGAAUUACAAUCCAGCUUAUAGUGUUUGCUGCAACGGAGUUAUAAAUGACAAAGGUUCAAGCAGAAGUUGCUGUGGAACUAAAAAUUACAACCGAGCUUAUAGUGUUUGCUGCAACGGAGUUAUAAAUGACAAAGGUUCAAGCAGAAGUUGCUGUGGAACUAAGAAUUACAACCCAGCAUAUAGUGCUUGCUGCAACGGAGUUAUAAAUGACAAAGGUUCAAGCAGAAGUUGCUGUGGAACUAAGAAUUACAACCCAGCAUAUAGUGUUUGCUGCAACGGAGUUAUAAAUGACAAAGGUACAAGCAGAAGUUGCUGUGGAACUAAGAAUUACAACCCAACUUUCAACAGUUGCUGCAAUGGAAUUAUCUGUUAGAAAAUUGGAGAUUUUUAAAAUCAGUAAAUACGUAAUUUUACUACAAAU